AUGGGGUCUAUGUGGGCUUUAUGUAAAAAGCUAGUAAAUGGGCAUGGAAUCUUCGUUACACAGAUUAGGGUUAGGGUUAGGGUUUUUUCAGCAUCAUACUCAACUGAGCAAUGUAACAGUGAUUCAAAACAAUCAUUUACAGAGUCUUAUCUAAUGUCAAAUUUUGGGUUAUCUUCAAAAGAAGCUCAAUCUAUAUCUCGAAAGGUACAAUUCCAAUCAGAAAACCUACCAAAUUCCGUCACUGUACUUCUUAGAAGCCAUGGAUUUACAGACACCCAUAUCCUCAAACUCGUCAAGACAUGUCCUGAGCUUUUCAAUUGGACCGAGAAAACCAUUUUACCCAAAUUAAAUUUCUUUACUUCAUUAGGAGUAUCAAGUAUAAAACUCCCAUCUUUCUUGUCUUCCAAUCCAAAUGUGCUGAAAAUGAGCGUCGAGAAACGUCUUCUCCCUUUUCAUGAAUUCCUUAAAGACGAAUUUGGAUUAGAUGAUUUGAAAAUCGCAGGAACAAUUAAAGGAGCAGCAUGGGCAACUCGCAAAGACAGUAUCAAAAUUCUUGCAACCAAUAUUGCACUUCUGAAUGAACAUGAUGUACCAAAAUCCAAUUGGGUAAAUCUUGUUUCGAAUUCAACUGCAGUACUUCUGAGGAAACCCGAUCUUUUCGUAGAGAAAGUUAACGAGGUUAUUCGAAUGGGAUUCGAUACCAAGAAAGUAUCUUUUUGCGAUGCAUUGCGAAUCUUAUCUCAAUUGAGUAAGGACAAAUGGGAAAAUAAGGUUAGAACUUAUUCAAAGUAUGGAUGGUCUGAAAACAUGUUUCAAAUGGCUUUCAAGAAGAAUCCACUUUGUAUGGGGAUAUCAGAGAAGAACAUAAGCAGAAAGAUGGAAUUUUUGGUGAACAAAGUGGGGGUAAAUCCGGUAGAGAUAUCAAGGUGUCCGACAGUUCUUCUAUUCAGUAUGGAGAAAAGGGUAAUUCCUAGAUGUUCGGUUGUGAAAGUUCUGAUGUUGAAAGGAUUGUUGGAGAAAGAUUUUGCAAUUUCCUAUGUGUUGACACCUACAGACAAGGCCUUUGUAAACAGGUUUAUUGACAAGUACGAGGAAGAUGUUCCUGAAUUAGUCAAUGUUUUUCAUGGCAAAAUUCAAUUUUCUGAAAUUCCCAGAUUCAUCACUGGGUGA